AUGCCGCGUCAAAGAGGAGAAGGCUAUACUUGUAUUUAUCGUGAAUGUACCUCAAGAACAGGUGACAAAGAAGGAUCGUUCACUCUUGUGAAAGAUCCAGUAAGACUUGAAUUGUGGCUUAAGGCAGCAAAUAGAGAGUACUUAUUGGGAAAGAGUGUUGAAUACUUAAGUAAACAUUACAAAAUUUGUGAACUGCACUUCCAGGAUAAAUUAGUUUAUCAGUCAGGAGCAAGAAAACGAUUAUUUGCAAAUGCAUUCCCAUCAGUAUUUCCUCACUCAGAACCUAUAAAAAGAGUCACAGUUUUGCAAGGUGGAUACCAAUGCAGUAAAAACUCAGAUGUAAGCACCAAGUUUAUGGUAGCCAUACUCGACCAUUCGGGCCAUAAUCGUUGUGGAGGCAGUCUGGUUCGUUCUAGAUGGGUGCUAACAGCCGCACAUUGUUUUUCAAGAAAUGAGUAUAGAUAUGCGUGUGAAGCGGUAAGAAGAGAUAAAUGCGUUACGAAAAAUGGUGUUCUGCCUUCGUCGUGUCCAGUACAUUUAAUACGAGAAAUAUACAAGCAUCCAAAUUAUGUCGAUAAACCCAAAAACUAUGACAUAGCAUUGCUAUAUUUACAAACAAGCAUAAAGGCAAGUAGAUAUACUGACUUUGUAAAUCUUCCCAGUAGAUCUAUUGAUGGGGAUGUUUCAAGUAUAUGUGACAAAGGCACAAUCAUGGGAUGGGGCAGAACAAUUGCCUCUAAACAAAGAGCUUCCGAAAAAUUAAUGUGCGUAGAAAAGAGAGUAAUGUCUACUGCAGAGUGUCGAAAGGACUAUAAAUAUAUGAAGGAUACCUUCUUUUGUACAGAGCCUGCUCCUGAGAAGGAUACUUCUUAUGGAGAUGCUGGAGGACCUCUGACAUGUGAUAACAUUCAAUAUGAAAAGAAAGCAGACGCAAUCAAAAAUGAAAGAUAA